AUGGCUGGUGCCGCGCCGAGACCUCCGCCCCGGGGCUUGCAGUGGCUCUUCCUGGCCGCCCUGAUGGUCCCCUGCGAGGGGCGAGGGGGGCAGCCAGAGGAGGGGGGCGCCGCCUGCUACGGGGGCUUCGACCUCUACUUCAUCUUGGACAAAUCAGGAAGUGUCCUACACCACUGGAGUGAAAUCUAUUACUUUGUGGAACAUCUGGCUCACAAAUUUAUAAGCCCCCAGUUGAGAAUGUCCUUUAUUGUCUUCUCCACUCAAGGUUCAACCCUGAUGGACCUGACAGAAGACAGAGAAAAAAUCCGUCGAGGCUUAGAUGAACUUCAGAAGGUCUUGCCAGGAGGAGACACCUACAUGCACGAAGGAUUUAAAAGGGCCAGUGAGCAAAUUUAUCAUGAAAAUGUUCAAGGUUACAGGACCGCCAGUGUCAUUAUUGCCUUGACGGACGGAGAACUUCAUGAGGACCUUUUCUUCUAUUCUGAACAAGAGGCCAACCGGUCCCGUGAGCUGGGAGCCACAGUGUACUGUGUUGGUGUAAAGGACUUCAAUGAAACUCAGUUGGCCCGAAUUGCUGACAGCAAGGAUCACGUUUUCCCUGUGAAUGAUGGCUUUGAAGCUCUCCAAGGAAUCAUAGACUCUAUUCUGAAGAAAUCUUGCAUUGAAAUCCUCGCUGCAAAGCCUUCCAGUAUUUGUGCAGGCGAGUCCUUCCAAGUUGUGGUGACAGGAAAUGGCUUCCGACACGCCCGUAAUGUGGAUCGUGUCCUCUGCAGCUUCAGAAUCAAUGAGACGGUCACACUCAAUCUGGAUGGGACAAAAGAACGCAAAGAACUUAGGGGUUCUCCUGGGGGGAGACCGAGCACUAAAAACUUAUUAUCAAAAUUUUAUUUUGUGGUUGUGAAACCUCUCCCUUGCAUAAUUCAUAGAGGAAGAGAUGAGAUGGUGACUCUUCGAUGGCAAUAA